AGAAUAGCAUCUGAUCGGUCCGAUCCAACGGUGGAGAUAACUAGCCUGGGGGGCUGUGACCCUUGGGAGGCCCCUCUUCCCUCAGGAACAGUUACAAGGGUCCAUUAUGACACCAUCCUUUAAUUGCACAAUCAGGUAUUAAUUUUACAUACAUGGGUCAUCAACCGGGCUUGAACCCAGAUUGAAAAGGGGAUGGAAUUUUCAUGGAAAUCGUGGUCAGUGGAAGAUUGAAGACCAGACCCUGUGGUCACCUGGUUCCCAGCCCAGUGCACCUUCCACAAGGCUGCAGGGUACAUCGAGGGUGACCUGUCUCCCCUCUCCACCGAGAAUAGACAAGCUACGAGGUACAUGAUGCUUGGCCAGGGCUGACAGUCCCUGUGUUUCCAGGAUUUUGCAAAGCUCUCUGCUUACUUUAACCGCAGUAGACUUCGCCUGCAGAUUAGAGACAGCGUGUGGUGCACGCAGGAAGAUGCAAGACAUUGUCAACUUCCUGUAGCUGGAGCCACCAGCUGAGUUCCUUAUUUGGGGCUUGGUGGAGCUGGAUACCGGAGUGUUGGAGGUAGCGCUGAGGGGCCCCUCGCUGCUCCUAUCAUGGCUUCUGCUCUCAAGAUCUUCUUCCUUGGCUGCUGGCUGGCCAGAGAGAGCAGGAUGUCCCGACAGCUCAGAUAUCCCAAAUCCAACAUCUCCCUGCGCCCCAGUGGAGGGGUUGCUCAAGGAGAAGCCGUGACCGUCUGGUGUGUGUGUCAGUGUCUGGGAGUGAGGUUCCUUCUGAGGAAAGGUGGAGCCAUGGCUGCACAUCAUACCACAGCCCCUGCUGUGGACGUGGUUGAGUUUCCCAUCUGCAACGUGCGCCGAGGAGACGCAUGGAGCUACUGCUGCCGAUAUCACACCAAGGGGGACUCGCUCAUCUGCUCAGAGCCCAGCAACCCUGUGGAGCUGGCAGUCCCACAGGGGGAACCGACCCAACUUAGCUGGGAAUGGUGCCGACUUCCACCCGCCCAGGCAGUGCAGGGCCAGGUAUACGGACUGGGGGCAGGAAAUCACCAUCAACACGCCCCCGAAACAGGGGAAUCAGAACCAAGCCCAGCACCAGGUCUGACCUGCCCCAUCAUCGCCGGGGCGAGCGCAGCGGCCACUGGCCUCCUCUUCCUCCUCCUCCUCCUGGCCUUCCUCUGCUGCAGAAGGAAAGGACCAGCCCCGAGACAGAGCAGGGAGUCCGAGGCUGCAGCCACAGUCUAUGCCCAAAUCGGUGAAGGGAAGCAGCUGGAUGUCCUGAUGCAGGAGUGCAACCCUGACGCCGAGGGACCCACCUACAUGGAGCUGGACCACGAGGUGCUGCAGGGCAAGUGGAGGGGCCUGGUCCCUGCCCCUGAGCCCGUGCUGUACGCCGCCAUCAACGUGAGCCAGGGGCCCCACGGACAGAGCCCCUGUGGUGCAGGGGCGCCCCCCACCCACCUGCAUAGUGUGAACCGAGGGGGAGUCAGUGGAGUGGCGGGGCAGGGAGCAUCGGCCACCAGGGAGUGACACAGAGAUUCCCCCCAGAGAAUGGGCUCAGCUUAUAUACCCCCAGUAGCCCUCCCUCCAGCUGGUGCUGCCUCACCCAGCCCCAUAGGUGGGGAGCCAGGGGGGCUCAGCACCAGGCGGGGGAGGGGACGUGCCGAUGCAGCUGUUUGUAUUAUUUUGCAUCCUGUUAAUCUCCAGAUUUGUAAUAAACACAGAACUACAAACCA